AUGCUAAAUAAAUAUUUUACUUUUUAUAAGGUAUACAGAGAAAAAGCAAGGCUUUAUUAGUUCAUUAAGAAUGUCUAUGUUGAAAAAAUCAAAUAGGUGGAAGAAAGUUUAGUGUAUGCAAAUGAUAUUUCAUACACAAUAUUGGCUUUAGAAAAUACUAAAUUGUUAAAUAAUGUGAAUACUAAAACUAUUGUAGAAAUUUCUAAAUAAAUUAUUCAUAAUUGCAACAUAUCCAUUUUGGGUUCUGCUUAAAUUGUAGUUGAUUUAUUAAAAGUUCUAACUCAAAACCUCUAAGCUAACGAUUUUAGAUUAUAUAGAGAGAUAUAUUAAUUUUAUAAGAGGCAUUCUUAAUUUUUUAAUUAACAAUAGAUAGAGUAUAUAAUAGGUAGAGUCUUUGUAACAUUGUUAUUAUUAUUAGCAAAGUAGGUUGAUUUUAAUGAUUUAAUUUAAAUAGAUGAACAUAUUUCUUCUUUAAAAUAUACUUAAAAUUUUAAAUUUGUUAAAUCAGAUAUCUAUCAAAUAAAAAAAAGUGAAGAAUGGAAUAUAAUGAUUAAAGAAGAUUCUCAAUAGUUGAACAGUGCUGCAAUAUUAACUCAUAAAAAUGGGAUUAUAUUAAGAAUUUAAGGAGUAUUUUAAAAUAAUUAUGAAAGUAUUGUUGAUACUAGAUAUCAGAGAAAAAACCAGAUAUUGUUAUUUUAAAUAUUGCUCCAAACUAGAAAGUUAAAGAGUUAGAUGUUGAAAAAACAAUCAAUUCAAUGAAUUAAUCUGAAAAAGAAGAAGAAGAAAACUUUAAACAAGUCUUUUUAUAUGAUUUAGAUCCUCUUAUUGAAAAAUUAACAAAAAAAUAUAAAGUCUAAAAUGAAAAAAAUAUUUUGACUGGAUUUUAAUAAGGAUUUUAAGUUUCAUAUGUUAUGGAAUCUCUACUUUAUUAAUUUUCUUAAUUAAGAAAAUAUUAAAAAUAACCUAUUUUUAUUUUAGGAGGGUUAAGUUUAGAAGAUUAAAUUAGAUUAUAUGUUCAGACUUUCUCUCCAGCAAAAAUUACUUAAGAAUUAUGGUUGAAUCAAUUAUUAUCUAAUUUUUCUUAUAUCGAAAAAAAUGGAUGCAUAUUAUGUAAUUCAUAACCUGGUAGUUAGACAUUCUUUUAAUUCUUGAAAACUAAAGCUAAGUAUUAAAAAUAAAAUAAAUCCAGAAAUAUUUUGUUUUAAUCUAAUUUUUUUUCUAUCAGGUAAGAAAGACUUUAAAUUUAGAUAAAUGA